AUGUCUGCAAUUGCGGAGCUAGAAGCAGGUCUUACUGCCAUGCUGCAGUUUAAGCCCCCAGGCGUGUCAACCUCGAGGAUAAAAGCUUUGACUGAUCUUUGCCAAAAGAACAUCAAGGACGAAUCAUUGAUUGUACAAAAGUUUUACACGCAUUUCAAGAAGGCGCCCGGAACCCACAAGCUCGGCGUCCUUUACCUGAUUGACUCCGUUGUAAGAAAAUGGGUCGAGCAGGCUAAACAUAACAGCCAGGAGAUUUCUAGUUCAGCCCAGGACGGCACGUUUGCGGCCGGUGUAUUUCGAGUAACUGAAAUUGUCCCAGCUUUGAUGGAUAACAUUGUCCAAACUGCCCCAGUCGACCAAAAGGAUAGAGUUAAGAAACUCGUCGAUAUCUGGGAACGGGCUCAGACUUUCCCUCCCAACUACAUAACAAAGUUUAGGAAGCAGCUCACUCAGGGCGCGGCAAGAAGCCCACCUGCCAAUCUGCCCGGCUCGGAGCUUGUCGCCCGCGCCUACUCUCAAAUACCCCAGCAGCCGUUCGCUACCAACCAUGCGGCGGCUCACACGUCGAGCGCGUCCAACUAUGCCAGCCAGUUCCUUGCCAGCCUGAACCCAACUCAAAACCUAGGGGCACCGCCACUCUCCGCCCCAGCCUAUCCUGCUGCCAUGAACUCGGUCCCCACGCCCACCCCGCCUCAGGCAUCAGCUCCCGGUGCCGGCGCCCCUAGCAUAGACCAAGUCAUGUUUAUCAAGACACUCGUUGACCAAGGUCUCAAGCCUGAACAAAUCUCCGUUAUUCUUCAGGCCAUGUCGGCGGCUCCUGCCGCUGCGGCGCCCGCGGCCGUACCCACCAUGCCAGCCUUCAACCAGCCCCAAAAUGCAGGGUGGGGGCUUGGUGCGCACGCAAGCCACGACUAUGAUGCUAGUGGCCGCAGGGGUUAUGGCGAUCGCUCCCGCUCUAAAUCGCCUGACCGUUGGGGCAGUGGCCGUGAUUCUCGUGGCGGUCAAGACAGACAUGCUAGCCGCCGCUCCACGAGUCGCGAUCGGGGCAGUAGGGAUCGGGGUGAUUACAGACAGCGUAGCCCCAUGGGCCGUCGCGGCAGCCCUCCUGGCCACAACACCGAGGUACGCAAGAAGUGGGUCGAGAUCGACUCCUCUAUGCGGCCUGGUCAUAUCAAGGUUCUAAGCCGAACCCUCUUCGUCGGAGGUGUCACUUGCACCCAAUCUGAGCUUCAAGAUCUUUUCGGAAGAGUGGGCAAAGUUCAAUCUGUAAUCAUCAACAAGGAGAAGCGUCAUGCCUUUGUCAAGAUGCUUACCCGCGAAGGCGCCGUUGUAGCGAAAGAAACAAUGGGCGAAUACAAGUCGGGAGGAUUGGCCCUUCGAACUCGAUGGGGUGUAGGCUUUGGACCCCGGGAUUGCUGUGAUUAUGAAACUGGAAUUAGUCUCAUCCCAAUCGCCCGCCUAACUGAGGCUGACCGAAAAUGGCUUCUUACUGCCGAGUACGGGACCGACAAGGGCGGUGCCCACGGCCCCAAGUCCUCGCGUCCUCGCGAGGAUGAAUUUCAAGGUCAGAACAGUCCGGGCCAGGGCCACGGUCAUGGCCGGGGAGAUCGUAAUCGGCAUAGGGAUACCCGCCGCGACGAUAACGCCAACGCAUCCAACCGGGACGGGCAGUUCCAGAACCCCUUGAACCCCAACCUCAUCCCCCAGGUUAUGCCUACGGCAUGCAAUCCAUGCCAACCUACCCCGGUUAUCCUUACUCUCAAGACAAUUCUAACGGUGCCUAAACCCAAAAAUCGUCUGGUCCGUCCCCGCCGGCCUUAG